UUUUGAGUAAAAAAUAUAUAUUUUUUUAAAGUGGUGUCAUCGUGAUCUGCUGGUCGACCUGUUCGCUAAAACUCGUAUCGAUCUUAUAGUGAAUAUUAACUCAGAUUGCAAAUUUAAGCUCUUGUUGCAAAGCAAUUUGGCUAUCUGUGUAAUUCGAGGAUAUAUUUCCUGGUGCUCAGAAGGAACUUUUUUGAGAUUUGAAAAUGUCGACGCCACCGCCUACAAGAUUCACUAUGGCCAGUGAUUCCUUCUCUAUCGAGUCCUUGUUAUCCUCCCGACGACCUGAAUCCCAGCCCCAGCCUCAGACCUUAGCCCUUGAGGGCUCAGCCCUACCUUCCCUCGUCCCAGCGGCCCUCAGACCAGAUUCUCAGCCACUCCAAGACCCGCAUCUAGUCGCCCUUACUCAACCUAACUCCACUGGAGAACAGAUGAGGUCCCGCUCGACCGGCGUCACGCCUCUCUUCUUGGCUAGUUUGAGGGCCAGCUCUGAGCCUCCGCGGGCCGCAUCGAGGGCGGAGGGUGACUCCACCGAGGAGGAAGAAGAAGAGGUGGAGGACGAGCUGAGAGAUUGCGAAGAGGAGGAAGAGGUGGACCUUGUGGUGGAUGAUGUUGACAGCUCCCCCUCGACCGUGGGUGCUGGGGCGGUCAACACUCCCUCCCUGUGUGACCAACAGCUUAGUGAUGCAGAGGACGCGAAGUCUUGCGAGGAGCGUAAGAAGAGACCAAGAACGGCCUUCACCGCCUCCCAGAUCAAGGCGCUCGAGCAGGAGUUCGAGAAGAACAAGUACCUCUCGGUGAGCAAGCGCCUCCAGCUUUCCAAGCAACUCAAGCUUACCGAGACUCAGAUUAAGAUAUGGUUCCAGAACCGAAGGACUAAAUGGAAGAGGAAGUACACCAAUGACCUGGAACUGAUGGCACAACAAUAUUACUCCGCCCUGGGGGUCCUCAGUCCUCGGCCCAUGGUGGUAGGGGAUAGAUUAUGGCUCUUCAACUACUCAGCCGGACACCCGAACCAGCACACAGUGGGUCUCCAUAGCAACGGCUUGCCCCUUCUCCCCUCUCAUGUUUUGCCUCCCCUUCCACCCCACUGUCUCCCCUCUAUGCCCCUCCCAUCCUCAUUGGUUGCCGCCUCCGGAGAGCGGCCAAUCCUGCAUCCGAGUCCUAUCAACCCUCUUACUGACCGCCACCUGAUUGGUGAGCCGCCCGGCUUUUCUCAGAGUCCGCUCUCUCCUAUUGGCUCAAGAACCCUGCCCACGCUGACGUCAUCGAUGUACACACCCGCCCCGACCAAUCACCUCUCGGCUCUUACCUCUCUUCACAACACCAUUAACAACUUAGGACACCCAAACCAACAGGAAAAUCGAUCUGGAGUUUAAAUAUAAAUCUCUCGCAACGAAAAAAAAAAUACACAUUUCCUUAUUUUAUAUUUAAUUGCAUGUUUCAGCUGGUAACAAACUCUUAAGAUAUUAGUAAGUUAUUUUUUUUUUAUUAAAUCGGGUAAAAAAUAAUUUAUAAUUUUGAAUUACCGGUGAGUGAGGUCGCCAUCUUGUUUAUCAGUCGCAGAAAGAUGAAGAAAAUGCUGUUAAGAAUUUCAAGGGGGUACAAACCUAAGUUUAGUUGUCCAAGAUGCUGGCGACCUAACUUAACUGGUACUCAAGGGCACGAUGGCGCUCAAGGCCUGAAUUGAGGACUUAAGUCUUAUUAGUAAACAAAAAGUAUUGUA